CUCAUUAAUUCCUGUGCAAUUUUAUUAUUAUUUUUUUGACGUGGAUUUUAUUAGAUUUUUAACCGCCCGUAAUUUUCCCCAUAUGGUUCAGUUCCACCGCGCGCGAGGUAAAAACAAAAAAACCGUUACUUCCGUGGAUCCCACCUCGCCACGCCAGCCUUUCCUACUAGUAUUUCAGAGCCCGCCGGCCGGCCUCGGAGGCGAAGCGAAACCCCAAAGCCAGCGCCACCGGAAGGAAGCGAGCGAGCGAGAGAGGGAGAGAGAGAUGGCGGCGCAGGCGUGGAAGACACGGUUCCGGCAGCGGGUGGCGGAGGCGCACGCCCGCUGCCUUAUCAUCCCCGGGAAGAUAGGCCACGCGCGGGCGAUGCUCGCGAGGCCGCUGCGCGGGCCGGUACUGCGCAGCAGUCCCAUCGAGAUCGCGGAGGAGUCGCUCGAGGGCGCGGCCAGCGAUCUCUACACCGCCGCGUCCUUGCUGGGGAGCGCCACGGAGCUCGCGCUACGCGGAGGCGCCACGGAGCUCUUCCUCCCGUCCAACCCGGUGCGCAGCAUCCGCCUCCUCCCCGGCACAGCCGCCGCGCAGCGGCGCGCCUGCCACAAGCUCCUGGCUGCCAGGCAGCUCGCCGAAGAAGCGUACGACGCCGUGGAGCUGUGCAGCGACCUCCGGCUGGGGAUCCGCUGCCUGCUGGACAUCCAGCGUCUCCCCGGCGUGGCCGAGCUCAUCGAGGCCGAGCGCCUCAGGGCCUACAACCUCCUCGCGAAUGUGAGGAAGACGGCCGACGGUUGCGUCUGGCUGGUCGCCGGCGCCCUCGAGGACCUGAGGGGUGCCGUGCCCGUGCGUGCGACUUGAUCGCGCUAGCUAGUUCUUGUGUUCUUGCGUUGCGUGCGUGAAACAUGUCUUGCGUUUUUUCUUGCAUCUUCUUGUGUUCUUGCGUACGCGUUGAAACUGUCGAUCGGUUGCUGCUGCUGCUACCUGGAUUCUAUGAAUGCCGCACUAGUUUUGUACUGCUGGUUUCUAUGAAUCCAAGACUCCCAAGAUUUGGAUUCUAUGAAUUCUGUGAAUCCAAGAUUUCCAAGCAGUCUAAUGGUUUUGUUGGUUGAUUGAUGACGCAUUUGUUGGAUUUAGCAUUAUCAUGACGCAUUUGGCUUUCAUGGAUUGCUGUCAAUGUUCAUGGGUUGCUUUGCUGUUUCAAGAACAGAGAGUUGUUAUUAGCUGCUCAAUUCUGCUUGAUUUGGAUUUGAAACUUCAUCCCUGUUCCAGCAGAAAUAUAGCUUGGACUUGAGCUGGUAUUUUAGUUCAGUUUUGUGGCUGUGCACAAGAGACAACAGCAUGGUUUUUUUUGUUUUUACCCAAAGUAUGACAAUGAUUUG